GCGGCGCGGGCGGGAGAGCGGGCCGAGGCGGCGGCGCCGCGCCGGAGGGAGAAAGGGGAGGAGGCGGAGGAGGAAAACCCCUGUCCAGGAGGUGGAGCGAGCGGACGGUGUCCGCCUCCCGUUCCUCCCUGCCGUCCCUCAGAGGAGCCUGAGCCGGGACAAAACACGCCGAGACCCACAGACGCGCGCGCACACACACACGCGCACACAAAGCCGGGGGUCCACGCUGGCGCUGAAGGCGAGCCCCGGCGGCCGCGAGCGAGCCCGAGGCGCGGCGGGGCACGGGGCGCCGAGCCGCUGAGCGCGCGCGCGCGGGACGGACGCGGGCGGCGCCCGCAGCCGAGGCCGGGCAGCUCAGGCGCUCGGGCCGCGGCGGGCGGCGGGGACCAUGCAGAGGAAAGUCUCCUGAGCCCGGCAACUUCGGCCCCGCCCCACCCCCACCCGGCUGCCCGCGGCGCGGCGCGGCCCUCCCCAUGCGCGGCCGGCCGGCCGGGCUCUCCUGCAGGCGGCGGAUGGGUGACCUUUUCCUGGCCCGGGCCGGCUGUGCGAGGCGGCGGAGCAGGCGAUGAAGAAGAAGCAGCAGCCGCAGCCGCAGCAGCAGCAGCAUCCCGGCGGCGGCGCGGAUCCCUGGCCCCAUGGGGCCCCUCUGGGGGGCGCCCCCCCGGGCCUGGGCAGCUGGAAGCGCCGGGUCCCCCUGCUACCUUUCCUGCGCUUCUCCCUCCGGGACUACGGCUUCUGCAUGGCCACGCUGCUGGUCUUCUGCUUGGGCUCCCUCUUCUACCAGCUCAGCGGGGGACCCCCUCGAUUCCUGCUCGACCUGCGGCAGUAUUUGGGAAAUUCCACUUAUUUGGAUGACCAUGGACCACCUCCUAGUAGGGUGCUGCCAUUCCCGAGCCAGGUGGUGUACAACAGAGUAGGCAAAUGUGGGAGCCGCACUGUGGUCCUGCUUCUGCGAAUCUUGUCAGAGAAGCAUGGGUUCAACCUCGUUACGUCAGACAUCCACAACAAAACCAGGCUCACUAAAAAUGAACAGAUGGAACUGAUUAAAAAUAUAAGUACUGCCGAACAACCCUAUUUAUUCACUCGACACGUUCAUUUCCUCAACUUCUCAAGGUUUGGAGGAGACCAGCCCGUCUACAUCAACAUCAUCCGAGACCCCGUCAGCCGGUUUUUAUCCAACUAUUUUUUCCGUCGCUUUGGAGACUGGAGAGGAGAACAGAAUCACAUGAUCCGAACCCCCAGCAUGAGGCAGGAGGAGCGCUACCUGGAUAUCAACGAGUGUAUUCUUGAAAACUAUCCGGAAUGUUCCAACCCCAGGUUAUUUUACAUCAUCCCAUACUUCUGUGGACAGCAUCCCAGGUGCAGGGAGCCUGGCGAGUGGGCCCUUGAACGCGCGAAGCUGAACGUGAAUGAAAACUUCCUGCUCGUGGGGAUCCUCGAAGAGUUGGAAGAUGUGCUGCUUUUACUGGAAAGAUUUUUACCUCAUUACUUCAAGGGUGUGCUCAGCAUCUACAAAGACCCAGAACAUAGGAAACUUGGCAACAUGACUGUGACCGUGAAGAAGACCGUGCCCUCUCCCGAGGCUGUGCAGAUCCUCUACCAGCGAAUGAGAUACGAGUACGAGUUCUACCAUUACAUCAAAGAGCAGUUCCACCUGCUGAAGCGCAAGUUUGGACUCAAGUCUCACGUCAGCAAGCCCGCUCUGAGACCACAGUUCUUUAUCCCAUCUCCACUGGAAACCGAGGAGCCGAUUGACGAUGAGGAGCAAGACGAUGAGAAGUGGCUAGAAGAUAUUUAUAAGAGGUGACGCCAGCACCGCGUGGCCUCCGUGGUUGCAUCUCCCUAUUCCAGAAGGUCUUUUGUUAGGGGAAGAAAAGUCCUUGGGACUAAAUUACUGCUCAUCUGCAUUUCUCAGAGCAGAUCAUUCCCACUUGUGGGGCUCAUUGGGAGAUGCCCGGUUUUGCGGGUUUUAUUUGUUUAAUUUUAUUCUGUGUUUUUUUCCUUGGUUCCUUGGAUCUUUCCCGGGUACAUUAGAAGGCUCCGUCACAGGCAUCUUGUCAUUGAAUAGCUUCCCACCCUACCCCAGUUUGAUGUGAGAAGGGGAACAAAUGCAGCUCACAGUCCAGGGCCCUAAAACUUAGCAUUUGUAAAACAACUUGGAAAAAUAUUCCCUCGGUCAUAGGAUGCACCCAGCCUAGUAUAUUUCAGCAGAACCACAAAACCACUCCAGAGAC